UCGCUGGGCGGCAGGACUCAUCCCGCACCUCCGCAAAUCCCAGCGCGAUGCCGCUCAAGAAACCCGACCCGAGGAAGGAAGCGGCCAAAGCAGCUCCAGGCUCGGAGCCUGCCUUCGAUCCCAAGAGCGUGAAGAUUGAAUUCACGGCAGAGCAGAUUGAAGAGUUCAGAGAAGCCUUCGGGCUGUUUGACCGGACGCCCGCGGGGACGAUGCAGAUCAGCUACGGACAGUGCGGGGACGUCCUCCGGGCGCUCGGCCACAACCCCACCAACGCAGAGGUCCUCAAGGUGCUGGGCAAGCCCAAACCAGAAGAAAUGAACACAAAGAUGCUGGACUUCGAGACCUUCCUCCCCAUCCUGCAGCACUUCACCCGCAACAAGGAGCAGGGCACCUUCGAGGACUUUGUGGAAGGGCUGCGUGUGUUCGACAAGGAGGGCAACGGGAUGGUCAUGGGGGCCGAGCUGCGCCAUGUGCUGGUCACGCUGGGAGAGAAGAUGACAGAAAGCGAGGUGGAGCAGCUCAUGGCAGGGCAGGAAGAUGCUAAUGGCUGUAUCAACUAUGAAGCUUUUGUCAAGCACAUCAUGUCUGGCUGAAACGAGAAACUUCAGGCUCUCAGAAAUGCUUGAAGCCACCUGAGCACCACGAAGAGCAAGGUUCCUCCAUGCAUGUCCUUCCCCUGGGAUGGUUUGCCUAAGCCAUCGUUGGCCACCACGUGUGUGUGCCUGAGCCUGGCACCCAGUGACAUAUCUGCAACCAGGUUUUAAACCUCAAGUUCUUCUUGUCAGGUUUUGCCUGCGACAUUUGUCUCAUUAAAUUUCAUUCCAUCCUCCCUUAAAUGGUUUGUCUGCCUUGGCUUGGGACUGCUUAUUGACACGGUGGGUGGAGGAGACCCCUCAGUCUUCUUCCCCUGUACUCGGCACUGGUGAGGCCACACCUUGAGUGCUGUGUCCAGUUCUGGGCUUCUCAGUU